AGGAGCCUUGCUACAUCCGAGAUACAGCAGAGCGAGGGAUCACGUUGCACCAGCUGCAGCAAAUCGUCAUGCUGAUUGCGAAAAUGGUCGAUAGCUGGUGCGAAACAUAUGGCACUCAGGCCGGAUGCUCAUUGGACUUGAGUAGCUUCAACUUGUACCAUGCGAAUCAUUGGAUCAUCAAGCCAGCCACUGAAGGCUUUCAUGAGCAUGGAUGUAGCAUGGUGGAGAUCAUGGCAGUGCAAGUGCAGAUACCGAGCUGGUUUGUGUCCCAUGCUUGGAUCGAGCCUGUCUGCAAGUUCUUAGCCUGUUUGGAGCAACAUGCUUUGAUCCGUGAGCUGCCGAGUAGCACUGCCUACUGGGUGUGUGCCUAUGCAAACAAUCAGCAUUGUGUAGCAGAGGAUAUCAAGAGCAAUCCCCGCAAUACCUCAUUCUACCGGGCCAU